AUGCCCAUACCUGAUAAAACUAGAGACAGAUAUAAAGUGAUGGGAAUUCAUAAGGAGAAUGGGGAAAAUACACUCAAUAAGCCUCACAUAUUUUUUCACUUGAUAUUGACUAAUUCAAGUUAUGUUUCUAAAGAUUAUCAGAUUUCUUAUUUUGUCAACAGGAACCAAGAAAAUCAGAGUGCUGAAGCCACAUUCAUCCUCUUGGGCUUCUCAGAAUACCCAGACCUCCAGGUGCCCCUCUUCACGGUCUUCCUGACCAUCUACACAGUCACCGUUGUUGGGAACCUGGGCAUGAUCUUGAUCAUCAGGAUCAACCCCAAACUCCACACCCCCAUGUACUUUUUCCUCAGCCACUUGUCCUUUGUUGAUUUCUGUUACUCUUCGAUAGUUACACCUAAACUAUUAGAAAACCUGGUUGUGGAAGACAGAACCAUCUCCUUCACAGGGUGCAUCAUACAGUUCUUUUUGGCUUGUAUAUUUGUGGUGACAGAAACAUUCAUGUUGGCAGUGAUGGCUUAUGAUCGAUUUGUAGCAGUUUGUAACCCGUUACUCUAUAUGGUUGCAAUGUCCCCGGAGCUUUGUUUCUUGUUGGUGGCUGCCUCAUACUCUUGGAGUAUAGUCUGUUCCUUGACAUUCACCUACUUUCUGUUGACAUUAUCCUUCUGUGGGACUAACGUCAUUAACAACUUUGUCUGUGAGCAUGCUGCCAUUGUUGCUGUGUCCUGCUCUGACCCCUACAUUAGUCAGAAGAUCAUUUUAGUGUCUGCCACAUUCAAUGAAAUAAGCAGCCUGAUGAUCAUUCUUACUUCCUAUGCUUUCAUAUUCAACACUGUCAUGAAGAUGCCUUCCACUGGAGGACGCCACAAGGCCUUCUCCACCUGUGCCUCCCACCUAACCGCCAUUAGCAUCUUUCAUGGAACCAUCCUUUUUCUCUACUGUGUGCCUAACUCCAAGGGCUCAUGGCUCAUGGUCAAGGUGGCCUCUGUGUUUUACACAGUGGUCAUCCCCAUGCUGAACCCACUGAUCUACAGCCUCAGGAACAAAGAUGUGAAGGAAGCAGUUACAAGGUUAAUCAAUACCAAGUUACCCUGUUACAAACUGUAA